GGUCUCCCGGUCCGCCAUUUUCAUGGCCGGUAAAUAGGCGCACUUUCUGGUAUUCCAUCUUUCAUUCCCAGUAAAACCCUGAACCCUACUCCUCCUAUAGCAUUGGAAAAUGUUCUCUCCGGGAACGAGGAAAGCUAACUUCACGGCAAGGAAGAGCGGCCGCGAAAGGUCAGCUGCCGAUUCGCCGGUGACGCCUCUGGUCGAGAGCCGGAGGUCUCACCUUGGUAACGAUGUUCUUAAUCGCCCUAGCACCGGCACUCCUGCUCCAUGGGCUUCUCGUCUUUCUGUUCUCGCCAGAAUUCCUCCUACAAAGAAAAGUGAUAAGGAGAAUGAGGCCGAUCAAGUGAAGCCUGUAUUUGUUGGAGAAUUUCCCCAACUCUUACGUGAUGAACAAGCUGCUGUGCUUCAAAGCCGUGCUUCUGGCAAAGCAGCACACUCUGGUGGAAUGGAUAAGGAAACUCAGCUGGCUUGGAUUAUCUGUGGAAGCAAACUCUUUAUUUGGAGUUACUUAGCUUCAGCUGCUUCUAAGAACUGUGUUGUCCUCAAACUCCCUUCUACCGGAAAUGAUGAUAAAGGGCAUUCUCAUAGUUCUGAUAAAUGGUUAGUCAGUGUUGUCAAUUGGAAUAGCAAGCAAGAUACAAAUGAAGUUGUUCCACAUUGCUGUUCAGUUGGUGUUAUUGCAUGUGAUAAAAAAAGUCGAACUCUUUUAUACUGGUCAGACAUAUUCUCUGAUGCUGUGACUCAGCCAAUUGUUAGUUAUGAUGAUCAUGAGGAUGUGGGAGUGACUCUCUCUCCUGUAUAUACUAAUGCCACGUCAUAUAACCUGAAGAAGACAAAUAAGCAUAGCGGCAGUUCAACAUUAAGCACCAUAAAUUCUUUGAUUUCUUCUGCUAUACCAGAGGGCCGUCAAAAUCGUGCAUGUGUUGCCCUUGCUUGCAGCUCUAGUGGUGAGCUUUGGCAAUAUCUAUGCAGCUCUACUGGUGUCCAACGCAAAAGGAUUUAUCAGAAUAUAUCUCAAGAAGAAGAUGGUGGCUACUUUGUUGGAGGCCAGGGGUAUCCAAGGUCAUUGGUCUGGCAUUUUCUGCCGCGUUCUGAUAAACCUAACAAACAAUUUCUUUUGUUAACAGACCGUGAAAUUCAGUGCUUUUCAAUUGAACCUUCUCCCAAUCAUAUGGUCUCAAAGAUCUGGUCUCAUGAAAUAAUUGGUACUGACAGUGAUCUGGGAAUCCAGAAGGAUUUGGCUGGCCAGAAGCGUAUAUGGCCUCUUGAUUUGCAAGUUGAUAAUGAGGGAAAGGUUAUUACCAUUCUUAUCGCAAUCUUUUGCAAGGACCGGGUUAACAGUUCAAGUUACACUGAAUAUUCGCUACUAACAAUGCAAUUUAAAUCUGGAUUAAUUGAGAAGAACCAGAAACAUCAGGAGUUUCUUCAGUUCCUUGCUCUAUCUAAGUGUCACGAGGAAUUAUGUUAUGUACAGAGACACUCGUUGCAAAUUAUCAUGGAACAUGGGGAAAAGCUUGCUGCCAUGAUCCAACUGAGGGAGCUCCAAAGUAAAGUUAGUCAGAACCAUGGAACUGAGUCCGGCUCUCAUUUGCAUUCGGAAAUGCAAUUCUCUAGUGCUCUUUGGGAUCUUAUUCAGUUAGUUGGUGAAAGAGCUCGCAGAAGAACUGUUCUUUUGAUGGACAGAGACAAUGCUGAAGUAUUUUACAGUAAAGUAUCAGAUCUUGAAGAACUAUUCCAUUGCCUUGAGAGACAGUUUGAUUAUGUUGUUCACGAGGACAUGCCAGUUUCUGUUCAGAUCCAAAGAGUUUGUGAACUUUCUAAUGCAUGUGUGAUACUAUUUCGCACUGCCAUGAAUUACAGAAAUGAGCAGCACAUAUGGUAUCCUUCACCUGAGGGCUUGAUGCCAUGGACUUCUCAAGAAAAAGUACGUAACGGGCUUUGGAAGAUUGCAUCUUUCAUGCUUCAAUUGUCUAAGCAAAAAUAUCCAGUUGAUGAUGCUAUAAAAUGGAACUAUUAUUCAUACCUCGAAGGACUCUCCGAUGUUUUAUUAGAGUCAUAUUCUGGUGCAAUCACAGCAAGGAAUGGAUAUGGAGGACAUAAAGGUUUAUUGGAUGAGUUUUCAGGCAGGAAAGAUGCACUCCUGGAUAGCCUUUAUCAGCAAGUGAAAGACUUCGUUGAAGUGAACACCCAGGAUUCAGAACAGGACUUUACGCACGAACACGAGGAACUGUUUAGAAAGCUUUCGUCAGGCUUAUUUUCUAUUGCUAAAAGACACGAAGGCUAUCAAACUCUAUGGAAUAUUUGCACAGAUCUCAAUGAUUUAAACCUUCUUGGGACUCUUAUGCACGAGAGUAUGGGACGUACAGGGGGGUUUUGUUACUUUGUCUUCCAACGGAUGUAUGAAAACAAACAGUUUUCUAAGCUUAUGAGAUUUGGGGAGGAGUUUCAGGAAGAGCUAACAAUUUUUCUUAAGCGACACCACGAUCUCCUUUGGCUUCAUGAAGUGUUUCUCCAUGAGUUUUCUUCUGCUACAGAAACCCUACAUGUCUUGGCACUUUCCCAAGAUGAUGAUCGAAUUUCAGAUAUGGAGGCCUCUUACGCCUCAGACAAGAGAACCUCAUUGUCAGAUAGAAAGCGUUUUUUAAAUCUCUCAAAGAUAGCAGCUAUGGCAGGAAGGGAUGCAAAUUUUGAAACAAAGGUAAAGAGAAUUGACGCUGACCUGAAAAUUCUAAACUCACAGGAAGAAAUACUUAGAGUGCUUCCCGAAAACGAAAUGCAAAACAUAGGGCCAAACCAGCAGCUUCUUUCGCCAAGACAUCUAAUAGAACUGUGCCUCAAGAGUCAAACAAGGGAGCUUUCAUUGAUAGCUUUUGAUGUGUUUGCAUGGACAAGCCUCUCCUUUCUCAAAUCCAACGCGAGCCUGUUGGAAGAGUGCUGGAGAAAUGCUUUGACUCAGGAUGACUGGGAGAAGCUACACCAAGCUUCCAUAGCCGAGGGUUGGGGCGACGAGGAGAGCCUAUCCAUUCUGCAAGACACAGUUCUCUUCCAGGCUUCAGCUAGGUGUUACGGGCCCCACGCGGAGACAUUUGAGGGCAGUUUCAGUCAAGUGCUUCCACUCAGGCAAGAAGAAAGCUCCGAGCUCCAAAACCCCAACGGAGUGGCUCCUUCAUCCUCUGUAGAAUCCAUACUGAUGCAGCACCACGAUUUCCCCGAUGCGGGCAGGUUAAUGCUGACCGCUGUCAUGCUGGGCAGUGUCGUAGAUGAUGAGAAAUCGACACGGGACCCUUCUUCUCAGAUGGCGUGAUGAUUGAUGAGCACGCGACUUUUAUUUGUAUUGUUUUUUCCCUCAUAGUUGGUUUUGUAGAACUUAUUUGUGUUGAUGAUUAUAUUUUGGGGAGAGUUUGAAUUGAUCUUGUAUGGGACAGCCUGAAAAUAGAGAAUUAGAGCAAAACUUUCUUGACCUCUAGCCACCACAAUCAAACUGCCCAGUUCCA